GCGGGGAUGAAAACAAGCGCUUCUCCCAGCUAAGCUAACGUAACUGCAGCCGUUAGCAGAACUAUUCCUACUCUUCUGUCGAGCUAGCUGUGGAUUAGCACCUUAGCCUAGCUCGCUAACCAGACACAUCUGAAAAAGGGCACGGAUGAUGUGAAGUAAAAGAGCUUCUCCAUUGUGAGCCAUUACCUACCACAGCUGACACACAGUGAGCAUCAAGACAUCUUCCUAAAACAGACAAUAUUACCGUCUGCAGCUCAUCCAGCACCUGAACCAUGUGAGGGCCCCUCGGUCCGAUCUGAGGGGAUCCCUGGAUUGUUGAAACAACGUCCCCGCUGUGCGGGGAAGGACUCAUCCUGUCUCUGUGUGAGAGAGCAGCAAAACUAAAAACUCCCUCCCCAUCUGCACAUUCCCAUUCUCCUUACCAAGGAGACGCGCCAUGAUGUUCCGAGAUCAGGUAGGUAUCCUUACAGAUUGGUUCAAAGGCUGGAAUGAGUGUGAACAGACAGUGGCGCUCUUGUCGCUUCUGAAGAGGGUGUCCCGCACCCAGGCUCGUUUUCUCCACAUCUGCCUUGAGCAUUGGCUGGCAGACUGCACUGAGAUCCACAUCCUUGAAGCUGAAGCCAACAAUGCAGCAACUGUCAGUCAGUGGCAUCAGGAGCCAAAAGAAAAGGUAGUGUCCUUGCUGUUGUCACACUUGCCCCUGCUUCAACCACGAAACUGUGAGGCCAAAUGUGAGUACAUGAAGCUGCUGCAGAAGGUGUUAACUCACACAAUUGAGAGUAGCCUUUUCGUGGAAGAAAGCAGACAGCUGCUCUCCUAUGCACUCAUCCACCCUGCCACCACCCUGGAAGAUCGCACCUCACUUGCCUCAUGGCUAAAUCACCUGGAGGAGCACCUUUCCAGCGGUUAUGCAUCUCGGGCACCUCCUAGCCCUUACCACCCACGCCAGGGCUCAGAUGAAUGGCCCAGCUCGGCUGAGGCUCUCGACCCAGGCAACGCAUGGCCAGACAAGUCCCCUUCAUCUAGCACAUCUCCUGCAGGCCAGAAUGGACACAUGCCUUUUCCAGGCGGGAUGUCCUCACCUAUUAACAGCAAUAACACAGGUCUGGUUGCGCAGAUGCAGCCAAGCCCUCUGAAGAAGCCCAUGCAGGUCAUUGCUUCCAAUUCCCAGGCUUGUGGCUCAGAGUGGGGCAGCCAGGAUGACACAGGGGGGCGACAGAACUUUAUCUCCACAGACCAUGCACCUCUAUCACCUCAGAGCAGCAUAGCUUCUUCAGGCAGUGAGCAGACAGAAGAGCAGGGCUCCGCUCGCAACACUUUCCUGGAGGAUGGCAGCGGCAUGAAAGAUGUUCCUGCAUGGUUGAAGAGCCUUCGUCUUCAUAAAUAUGCAUCCCUAUUCUCGCAGAUGACCUAUGAGGAGAUGAUGAUUCUCACAGAGCAACAUUUAGAAUCACAGAACGUCACGAAAGGAGCACGACACAAGAUUGCGUUGAGUAUCCAGAAACUGCGAGAGAGACAGAGUGUCCUCAAGUCUUUAGAAAAGGAUAUUUUGGAAGGGGGAAACCUGCGCAAUGCCCUGCAGGAGCUUCAGCAGAUCAUCAUCACACCCAUUAAGGCCUACAGUCCACCCAGCGCAGCACAACCUGUCUCAGAUGCCUCCACUUCCUCAACAGAAGGCACAAAAACGGGAGCAGACACAGAGCCAACAUCAGAGGACUUUCCAUCCCACAACCCACCACCCUGUGAUGGAGACUCUUCAGUUACGCCUAUCUCAGAUGGGGACAUUGCCGGACAGUUCACUCGUGUCAUGGGGAAAGUGUGCACCCAGCUGCUGGUUUCAAGGCCAGAUGAAGAAAACAUCAGUUGUUACCUUCAACUAAUUGAGAAGUGUUUGGCACAUGAGGCUUUUACAGAAACUCACAAGAAAAGGCUGGUCAGCUGGAAGCAGCAGGUCCUGAAGCUUCUGCGCCUGUUUCCUCGGAAAGCUAUGGACAUGUCGGCAUACCGACAGAAAGGCUGGAACUAUGGGUCAAACUCCCUCCCCACAGCAGGCUCUGUGAGUGGAGGUGUGAGCCGACGGGGCCAGAGGCAGUUCCAAAUGACCCCUCGUGGACUCCCAGCCGGGCGCAUGUGUCUUCCUGGCGGGAUCGGCGGAGUGUCUCCACGCCACACACUCACUAAUCCUGCAUUGGCAGGACAGGGUAGACAAAAUCUGUGGUUUGCCAACCCCGGGGGCAGUAACAGCAUGCCAAGUCAGAGUCGCAGCUCUGUGCAGCGGACUCACUCGCUCCCUGUCCACACAUCUCCACAAACCAUGCUCAUGUUCCAGCAGCAAGAAUGCCAAGUUCCAGGUGGUGACCUGGAGAUCAACCCCACGCUGGAGUCACUGUGCCUCAGUAUGACAGAGCAUGCCUUAGGGGAUGGAACUGACCGGACAUCAACAAUAUGAAGAGAAGAGAGGAAAAGGACACUUCAUUUGAGGCCUGCUCAGUUCAGCACAAAGAUGGAUGUAUGGUUAAAAAAAACCCAGGCAACAUGGUCACUACAAUAUGACAAAAAAACUGUGUAUAUGUUCUCUAAUAUUUUUGUACUUUAUUAUAUACAACUAAGUUUAUUAAAAAAGGAAUACAGAUGAUUAUUAUAUUGUAGAACAGAGAAAAAGUAAACUGUGUCAGCUGUGCCAUGCCACCUGCAGCAGGACUGUGGCAUGGCGUGCAGCGGUUCAGUUUACCAUGAUAUGAAAAAAGCAGUGGUGCUGUCUUUAAGGGUUCUGCCCUGAAUUUGCUCGUCUCCUCCUACUGCCUUGGAACAAGGUUUUCUAUCCACAACACACUGACAGCCCCUUCACCACACAUUCGUGAUCCAGAAAAUUUCCAGCCAAAAGUGAGGCACUUUUAUUAACCUAUCUUUGAUAUUAGGCACUAACUGUAAUUGGCCCUCAAGGUACACACACGGAGGUUUCACCUGGAGAUCAGUGUUAAACUACUAAUCCUAUAGGCAACUCUAGUCAGGGCAAUAAAUUAGGCUGUUUCUUUUUGUCCUCUAAUGAUUUCCUUGCACAAACAGAAAAGAGAGGACUGAAAGGAGUGAGAAAUAGUUAGUUUUCAACUUUAGGGCAUAUGUUUUGUCUCGGUUGUUUCACUUCGACACAUAAAGUAAAAGUGACUGUCCUCCUCUAAGCUUUUACAAAGCCAAAGACAAGGGUUGUGCGUUUGUUGAUUUGAGAAAAAUAUUUGUAGUGGGUUGCAGCAGAAUAAUUAAAAAAAACAGUGUGAAAAAUUAUUGCCAGCUGCAAUUUGUCUCUUAUUUUAAUGUCCUACUUCAUAAAUGAUGAUGAUGAAUCUCAUUUUGUGCCAGGGAAUCCCCAGAGGGUUUGGUUAGAAGGAGCUGGUGAGGUUUGUGCUGUGCAGGAGCUUAUUCGAUAUUAAAUUGAUAAAAGUGAAGAGGCUAGAGUGUUUUCAAUUUACAAUCCAAUGCUGGCAUGAGAAAGCUAAAUGAAAAAUGUCUCAGCCCUCUGGUUCCUUUACGAUUGGCUUUGGUAAAUGAAGCUCGAUCCUUUAAGAUAUGCUCAGAGCACGGCGCCUAAACCUCACAGCAUCCUCGUCUUUAAAAUGGCCAAUGUGACGAUUUGAUGAAUCAUUCUUUGUCAAGGUGCUUGACUAUGUCCAUAUUUUUCUGUUUGUGUCUAAGUGUGUUUCAGUCUCAAAGCUCCAAUGUUUUUCAUCAGGUAUCAGUGUUGAAUCUAAAACUCUGUCUUUUAACAGCCUCUGUCUUUGAAUGUGACAGAGCCGGGGGUGCAUGUUUGUGUGGUAAUAGUCUUUUGGAUCACUUUUGGUUGCUUUAUAAGGCAGGGAUGACCAUUCAUAUAUUAUUUGAGCCAUAGGAUGCCUGGCUAGUAAAGAUGGUUAUUUGCAGAUAUAAUUUCCAGUUGCAUUUUUUUUUUUUUUUAACUCUCCCUUGAAAUUGAUAACUUAUGCUUAUUUUCUAUAAUCGCAUGUUUUGCCACACUAAUACAGCACUGUUGUAGAUAGAGGGCAUGAUAGCUGAUGGUGCCAGCUAGAGACCCGUCAUCUUGCAGCAAAUGUUGUAUGUUCAUAUCGCCUAAAUGUCACUGUUUACAUCUUUCUGGGAUAAUACCUAAAUCAUAAUAUUUGAUGUCAUAAGUAAUCUGUUGUCUCGCUUAAAAGAUCUGAAGCCUUCUCACACACAAGUUGUGUGGGUGGAGUCUUGGAAAAAACAAGUACUCUGCCCCCAAAUCCGUGGUCUCCAAAUAGCACUCAGAUUUUUCCUGUUUAUAAAUGUCUGGACGAUGCGUUAAGGAGAAAGUACGGCUUCUCUGGCCCUGUGAUUAAACUGUUAUUUGUCACGUCCUAAAAAACUGUUGAUGUGGUGCCUGAACUGCAAAACUCCAGCAUUUGCAAAACAUUUAUUUUAAAAAGUGGUUGCAUUCUAGUCAUGGAUUUCUUCAGAGCAGGCUCUUGGAUAGAUCUGACUUAGUAAAAAGCAUUACACUCAUUGUAAGAAAGAACUCCAGUGUGUGAUUAAUGCAUGCAGGCAGUCUUAUUUUUUUUUAAGUCCACUAUGUUGUUAAUCAACUGUGUUGUUACAAAUGGCUCAGAUUAUCCUUUUCAUGGCCUCUGUUGCUUUCAACAGUCUAUUUAUCACUUUUAAUGGACACAGAGGUACAAUGCAGUGUGUGUUUAUGAUCCUGAUGCAGCAGAGGAUGACAAUGCUUGUCUGAGCCAAAAAUUGUAAUGAGUAAACUGAACACCAUCAACGGGCCAAGGAAUACGUUUACUCCAUGUUUACAUUCCAGCGACACGAGAAAUGAGUUUGGGAAAUGCAUGUUAUGUGUUCAGCCUGGUGUAUAUAAACAUGUUUUAAUCUAAUAGCAGAGGUACAGAGCCUGUGUCACAUGGAGACAUCUACCAAGUGUUCCCCAGGGUUUCUAAUAGUUCAAUUUUGCAGCCAGCUGUAAGUCACACUGCGCAUAUUUGUCGUGUACAAUUUAUAUUUAAUUCUGAUUAACUUCCCCCAGACAUUUUCUAAUAUUUUGUGAACCUUUUGCAUCACAUGUUUAAUUCUACUUUUUUACUGUCACUCGUGUGUGAAUGGUCUGAAGUACAACAUCCGUCGGACCUUGACAGUCCAAAUAAAGAGGUUCAGUUCUUUUGCAACUAAA